UGAGAUUUGAUGAUGUUGGUGUAUAGCAAUAAGAUUGCAAGCACUGAUUUUGAGCUGAGUGGCCUGAUAUUAAACUAGGAUGUAAUUUGACAACAGAUAUUUAACCAGGCCAAACCAGAUUGCAGCAAAACAACCAAAUUAACUGUGAAUGACGCAAAUUAUAUGCUUAAACCAUGUCUUAACCUGCAAUGGGUACUAAUUGUUGCAUAACUCACUUGUUUUAGUUUCACUUAACAUUAUACAGUAUUAUGUAGUAUAAUGCUGUCAUUUCACGGUAUGAUGAAUAUUGCCAAAAUAUGUGAAAAUGUAGUUUUCAGGUGUUUUUGUCUCACCCAUUCCUAAAAACAAAAGUUUUUUCCCCCCCUAUAUGCAGUAUACUAGCAUUCCCAGUGUAUACUAGACACUAAUGAAAAUGUACAGUAACUACACAGUGUACAUUGUAGGCCAGUUUAAAUUGGUACUGCUGAAAUGCAUUUGACACUUAUGUACUAUUAUUUGAACUACUGGCUAUUAGUACUUUGGUGUGUAUUAUUGACAGAUGCUGAUAGUUACUUUGUGUUUAUCAGUCUAUAUAAGUCCAACCUCUCAAAAACUGCCACAGUAAACCUCUGUGCUAUUCACUUUUGCAGAAUUGCUUAGGCAUAGUACAGGUGCAGCCUGGGGGAAGGUCACCUGGUCAAGGUCCAUUAGCACUGCAAUGAUCCUGGCAGCUGUGCUCUCCUCUCGACCUGCAAACCACCAAUCACAUGUGGUCUGCAUACAUGGUCUCAGUUUAACCUCACUGCAGCUAAAGUCACUGGACUUCUAUUCUUCAGACUUUUCUUUUUCUUUUUUUUUUUUUUUAAAGUCUACAUGGCAGAGAACAAGCCUUACCGUUACGGGCUCAUCGUCCUGGGUCUGGUGCUGGUGGCACUGGGAGUCUUCUUGGUGGCUGUGGAGGAGCCUCAGGUGUUUGUCACUUUCUGUACAAUGGGGGCACUGAUGGUGAGCAUUGGGACAGUUUGGAGCAUGUGCCAGUGCUACCCAAGGGUAACAUUCAUCCUGCCAGAACAGGAAGUGUUAGGAAGCAGUGAGAAACAGGAGCUGUGUGCUGAAGUCAAGGUCCUACAGGUCAGUGACAGUUCGGAUGAACCCAUCAGCGCUCCUCUGGCUGUUUUCAGUCAGUCAGAAGAUGUUGAAAAGGAUGAAAUCCUCUCACUAGCUGAGAGAGAAGAAUCUCCUGAGAUCACUGGCAUCCCCCAGAGCUCUCCCAGCAUGCACCAGGCCUGCUCAAGCACCUCUCUUCCAGACAACAGGGCUGCACAACCUGAUACUGAUCUCUACUACGGGGAGGUGGAUGAUCCCAGCUACUUAAAAACAGAGCUGGACAGUGAAUAAAAGUCUGAAAUGCUUUUUAACUCAGGGGUCAUAAAUGCAGAAUGAGUAGUGCACUGGUUGCUAUUACAUCCUGGUUAUGAGACAUAUCCUGGUUAAGUGCCCCCAUCUGCCCACCCCGACACACACAGACGCACACACACACACACACACACACACACCACUGACUGUGAUUCACAUUUCCAUGGAGACACGAGUACAUGGAAUGGGGAUAAAUAGGAGGAUGGAGUGAGAGAGAGGCAGUAAAUAUUUAAAGUUUAAAUUCAGGUUAUGAAUAUGGCUUUGUAUCACAGUCAGCAGCUGUCAAUAUGUUUUCUUCAGUCAAGCGUCAAGACAACAAGAAGAGCAAUAUGACGAAUAAAAGGGUUAAACAAGAAGUGUGCAGGGCUAGUAACUGACAUGAAUAGUUGUUAUGAGGCAGGUGCACUUGGAUUAAUAUUCAGGUUCAGCUGUGUUUAUAACAUCUGCCAUCAAACAUGCAGGACAACCCUGGACACAAGUACUGCAGCACCACUGUGAAAAUAACCAGACAUAGUCAUUACUUUAUAAGGGAAACACACAUGCACACAGGGUUUAGUUUGAGUCACAAUCAGUGACUGAUUAGGGUGCAUAUCAACCCAUUCUGUUGUCAGUAUCGUAGAACUCCACUCACUCAGACACAGUUUAGCAUAAUUUUGUCAUUUUCUUCAACAUUGUACUAUUUUAUUAUCUGUUUCAUCUGGCCUACAUUCCAAGUUGUAAUGCAAAGUGGUAUACAAUAAUUUCAAUAAAUUUCCAAUGAUUUUCAUCUCAGAUUUGUUUUCUGAACUCAAAACCCAGUUUAACAUAACACUAUGCAAUCAUUAUUACAGAACUGCAGAAGGCAGCAUCUGACUGUAUUUAACAGGAGAAUUUCUGCAGGAUAGACAGAAGCUGGGAUUAACUUUCACUCAGACGAAUAAGAGCCAUUUUUGGAAAUACGGGAAAAUAGCCUUCAGCUAUAUGACCUCCUAGAACCCUGUAAUAUUUCUAGAUGCAUUUACAUGUAUUCAUUUCACAGAUGCUUUUAUCCAAAUCAACUUACAAGUCAGAAUACAGUCCAAGCCGAAAUCUGCAGCUAACUGUGAUACAAGUGCUGCACAACUAAGUUUCCACCGAUUGACCAGAAAAAAAGUGCAGACACUUCUCAAGUAUGUGAGCGUGGAAAGAGUGUAGCCAUCACACACACACACACACACACACACACACACACACACACACGAAAUAAGUUAAAUUGUACAAAGUAGACCACUUCAUUCUUCAAGCUUUUCAAAUAAGUACACUAUUGCACUAAAUUGAGUAGCUGCACAUUUUUACUUUUAAUGCUUUUAAAGUUUAUACCUCUGACUCCCUUAUAGAAAAGUCACACAAACUUCACAUGUGAACUUUUCACAUAUGGUGCAUGUGUUUUUAUAUUUCCACGUGUUAUUUUCUCCCAUGAUUUAUUUAUUUUUGCAUGUUAAUUUUUCACAUGUAAGGCAUGUGGUUACAUUCUUUUCACAUGAUUAAAUAUUAUCCAUAUGAGGUUCCACGUGUGUACUUGAAUUCAUAUGUGCAAUUUCAGGGCAUAACAUCGUGAUAUGCACCAUCACAUGUUUUGUUUUGGUUCACAUAUUUUGGAAGACAUAAGAUCACAUGUGGAAUGUACACUGAGACCACACUGAAAAUCUGGAAAAAAAAAUUUUGUUUCAUUUAAAAUGGGAAAUAAACAGAAGAUUUUAGAAUUUUGAAAUAUUUUAAAACAAACAAAGUAAAUGUUCAAUAUUUUGAAUAUUUAAUAUUCAAGAUUCUCCACUAUUUCUAGGUCCCUAUUUAAAUGUAAGCAAAAUUGUCAUAUUAACCAUGUUAACUGUUUGGUACAAAAGGUCAGAUUUUCAUCACGCCUAAUCUCUUCUACUGAAGCAUGUGUUCAGACGACACUCUGAUGGAUUUGAUUUAAAAUGGAUCAUGAGGUUUUGCACAAACUUGUGUAGACCAUGCCAGCUCAAGUGCGCACUGUCAUUAAAGCAAAAAAGAGGACUUACCAAAUACUAAGAAACUCUGAAAUUCAUGUAAAUUCUAAUUUUCACUCAAGUUGUUGUCAAUAAUAUAAUCUGUAAUGAAAAUCGUUGUAUUAAAUUAGAAAAGAAGGUAAAAGAGAAGCAUUUUCUCAUGUUCUCUCAGACUUUUGGACCCCACUGUAUAUACUUUUUCCAUAAGGGCUGUUCAUCCUAUUAAUCCAUUUUGGUCAAAUUGCUUUGAAUUUGUUUUGGUUUUUUUGAUCUAUAACUUUGCUUUCUUGUUAUGGUAAUCCUGACACAGGCUAA